CAUACCCUGUGUGACACCAUCCUGGUUUUUCUCUGCACGAGUAAAUGGUAUAAAUUACUUCAGUAAAAAUUAAUUUACCACCAUUUUACGUGCUGAAAUUGUUUGUGUUUGGCGCUCGUACGCACGCGUCGUGUAAUCUACCUUGCAGUGACCAGUGGAUUCUUAGCACUCAUGUGAAAAUGAUUGACUUUACCAUAAAAACUUUGGAUUCCACCAACCAUCCGUUCUUAGUGGAAGAUGGGACGACUGUGGCUCAGCUUAAGGAGAAGGUUCGAGAUCAGAUGGGAAUAGAGCCGAGCCUGCAGCGUCUUAUUUUUUGCGGAAGAGUCCUUCAGAAUGAGAAAAAGCUAUCGGAUUAUGACGUCCAAGGCAAGGUGGUGCACCUGGUGCAGCGAGCGCCUCCCGGACCCGAGACGCGGAGCUCCAACGCCCCGCGGUUCUCCACCAGGAGCCGCCCCCAGAUGCACGCCAGCACCACCUUCGGCGGGCCCCCCGGCGACGACGGCGAGUUCCAGCAGGAGAUGCGUCGGCUGAUGCUCCAGCGCCCUGGGUACUCCACCAGGAGCCGCCCCCAGAUGCACGCCAGCACCACCUUCGGCGGGCCCCCCGGCGACGACGGCGAGUUCCAGCAGGAGAUGCGUCGGCUGAUGAAUCUGGCUGGAGCUUCCGAGUACGUCUUCGACGCCAACCAACAGGCUUUGUCACCAACUGCCGGGCGCAUGGAAAUCGCGCGCCGCCUCAUUGCCGAAAUCAGAAUGUCUCUAGGGUUCUUACGAGCCCACAUCAAUGGAGAGGAAGUUUCUCGGGAACCAGCUAGCAGCGAAGCCCCAGUAGAACCCAUGGAUUGUGACCCAACGCCUAGCGCCCCGCCCGAGGAGAGGGAGCCUCAGUUCGACGAGAGCGGCGAGGAGAUCCCUCAUGACCCUGCCGCCGCUCGGAGCCAAGGCGCACGUCGCAGCAGGAUUUCUCGCUCGCUGCGUUCGCGACAGACGCAGCCGCGUCACUUGGCCCAACUCAUCGACGACCUGAAUGAGCUUCACGAGCAGUUCUCCCCGCACCGAUCCAACUACACCGCCCUUCUACGAUCGCACACUAUUUCCGAAACUCCAACAUAUUCUGACGAAGAGCGUGUUCAUGCGCAGCGCACUGUCGAGAUGACCACCGACUUAAUGCACAGCUUCGCGCACGCGUACCACGUGCUCAGUGACGUAAUGUUCCAGGUCGGCAGCCCGCGCCUCAGGUCCGAGACCUCCGUCACCAUGCAGGCUCAAAUUAACGUGAUUUCGGCGACGCCAGUGACUCGACGCGCGCCCCAAGGCGGCGUCCCCAACACCACGGCCACCGCCACCGCCACCAGCGCCACCGCCACCAACGCUAACCGCACCGGCGCCUCCGCCACCCAGACUAGUGCCGCCGGUCAGCAACGCGGAAUCGCCUCCGAUCUUGAGAAUCUAUUCAGGGGCAUGGGCGCUGCUGGCCUCGGCGGCGUGGAAGUGGUCAUGAGCAUGGAAGAGUUGCCCACGGUCGCACAGGUUGCUCUUGGAAAUCUUGGCAACCUGGCCACCGGGAACGUAGAUGAGCUGGGGCCCUCUCCGCCCCACCCGCCCGGCGCUACCGUUGAUGGCGGAGUUUAUUUCGCCCCGAUGGCCACAUUCGCCACCGGCACGCCAGACAACAUGAUGCAGAACAUCUUGCAGCAGCUCGUGCGCCAGGGCAUGCUGCCCAACGAGGGCAUCACCAUCCACCCCUCGCAGGGCCAGCAGCCCAUCCGCAUCCCGCACACCGCGGGCCGCCGCUCCCACGCCGCGGCCGCCGCCGCCGCCGCCGCCGCCAACCGCGCCGCCGCCGCCGCCACCACCACCAACGCCGAAACUCAGACCAACGUGCAAGGCGUCGAUUCCGUCCUGCUGAUGCCCGGCACUGAAGUGAUCGAACUCGAGGCGGGCGAGGAGGACAGCCAAAUCCUCCAGGCUUCCAGUGACGAGUCCCAGGACGAGUCCCAAGAGGAAUCCCAGGAGGAGUCGCAGGAGUUCUCCUGCGGACACGCGCACGAUUCCCAAGAGGAGGGGCAGGACUCGCAGGACGACGCUCAGGAGGACUCCCAGGAAGACACCGCCGAGGACUCGCAAGAGGAAGCGCAGGAUGAGAUCAUGCAGGAGGUGCAAGUGCGCCAGGACCAGGCGCCGGCGCCGGCGCCGUCCGCGGGGCGAGGCCAAGGUUUUGGACCCGGGCAUGUUACAGGUCAAGGACAUGUACUCGGGCGUGGGCUUGCACAGGGGGAAAUGCUUGCUCAAGGGCACGCGCCAUCAGCUCCAUCGGCUCCCGGCCAACCGCCGGCCGCUCAGUCGGCCCCGCGCGAAAUCAAUUACGGUGAAGGUACACCGCUCGGUCAUCAGGAACAACCGGUUGGCCGCAUUCCACCGCGAGAACAGUCGAGUCGCCCUUUGACUUUCUCUGCAGAACCGGCCGGUGAAGGCCCCCCGUUGCCUCAUCAGCAACCGACCAGCCAGCUCGGCCAACCGAUAGGCCAGGGUCCCAUUCUCGGCGGCGGUAUUAUCGGACAGUCUCUCAGUCCGAUCCAAGUCAUCGGCAACAAUGCCAUAUACGGGCCUCCGCCCGAUCCCUUUGCUCUCCUCCACGGGGACUGCCCCCGCGUGGGUCCGAACGCACCGCGGGUGCAAGCGCUGGCGCGUGCCCAGGCUCAGGCACAGGUUCAGGCCAUGGCCCAAGCCCAAGUUCAGGCCCAACAAGCCCAGGCUCAGGCACAAUCCCAGGGCCAGGCUCCAUCCCAAGCCUCGGGUGAGAGCCCCGCCACUGCUGAGACACAAGCCUCAGGUCAAACCCAAAGCGCUGGCCAAGCCACAGGACGCAACGAGGGCCCACCGUCCCCGCAACCAGAUUUAAAUGAAUCGGGAAUGAACAGGGAACCUGGUAUAAGUAUUCGCCGCGCCACUUUCAACACUCGCGCUCAAGCCCAGGCACUGGCCAUGGCCAAUAUGUUCUACGACAGAUUCUUGCAGUGCGACAGCCCUCACGCUCGUCGCCGACAGGCCAGGCGCAGGAGCCAUCAGCAGCAUUUGCUGGAACAGCGCGACACCAUCCGCAACGAGCGAGCUGCCCAGCAAAACAUCGAGAGCUUGUCUCUCCGCCGCGCACAGAUUCGACCGACGCACAUGUGCACCAUUUUGACGCUCUUGAACGGAGAAUCCUCUCCCCAGGCGUAUGUGAACGCUUUCAUGGUUGCUAUGAGCCGCCAGCUGUACAUGAACGAUUUGCUGACCGCGUCCAACGGAAUGCCCGCGCUGAUUCCCCACGAGUUCGCGUCGAUCCGCCUUCUCAUGCGCAACUUCAUCCACGAUCUCAUCACCGAGUCGCGCAGCGGACAGAACGACCACGCUUUCCAGAAUGCCGCCGAUUUUCUUGUCGCCCGUUAUUCCCGAUUCAUUACUAACAUGGAAAACAUUGCUGAGAUGAACCCUCAGUAUGACGUAGUGGAAUCGAUCCGCGCAUUCGUCCGCUCCCGGCUGCCGGCGUUCAUCGCCUCGAUGCUCUGCGAUUCGGUCACCGAUCAGUUCGUGUCUCGAUUCUAUUCGAUGUUCUUGCGUCUGUUCACCGAGCUGUGCGCUCUGGUGUACCACAUGUGCGCUCAAGGCGAGGUGGGACUGCGCCGCAUUGUCAGGAUGUUUUUGGAUCAUAUCGUGGAGAACUUUGAUGAGUAUUCCCGCGCUGCCAUCCUCACCGUGGGCAUGGACAACGUCGUGGGCCUGAUGCCCAACGUGCCCGGCCACGUCGACAACAUUCUGCAGUUCAUCCGCCGCAUGGACGGCGUCAUGCCUGAUCUGCAACCCCGGCAUCCUCCUACGCCGAUGGAGGUAACUCCGGCACCGCGCGAAGACCCCGAGCCGAGGCAGGCGACCGCGCCGCCUGCGACGAGCGCCCCGAGCGCUCCGGCCGCGCCGCCCGCGCCGGCCGAGCCGACAGCCGCGGUCGCGCCCGGCGCCCCGGCCGCGCCCGUUUCCGCGCCCGCGCCAUUGUCCGUACCCGCGCCCGCGCCCGCCGCCGCGCCCGCCGCGCCCGCGCCCGAGUCCGCGCCCGCAGCGCCCCCCGCCGGCGCGCCCAGGCCCCUCCCCCCUAGCCCCCCGCAGGCGCCCGGCAGCCCGGCCGCGCGCGCCUCCGGAUCCAGCAGCGACCGCUCCGGUGGCUCCUCGCCCAGCCGCCCCUCCUCCAGGGUCGGCCCUCAAGACUCGAGCGAGUCACGCGGCUCCUCUACUUCGGAGAAUAGUAUUCGAUUCGUGCCGCCCGUGAUGAUCCUGCAGCAUUGGGGCGAAGAAUGGGUUCCGGUGUUCACGCGGGACCAGCAGAGCCAGAACUCGCCGCAGCACCAGCGGCCGCUGGAGCCCUACAGCGACGCGUACCUCACCGGCAUGCCCUCCCGCAAGCGCCGCUGCGUGCGCCAGGCCCGGCCGCCGACCACACUGGAUGGAUUUAUGAACGAGAGUGUAAACGAGGCGACGGAGCGGAACGGCACCGACAACGGCGCCAUCCGCGCGGCCUUCCGCGAGCACAUGCGCGAACUGGCACGCGCGCGCGCCGCCACCUCCGACGACUACGACCCGGCGCGCUUCGCCUCCGCCGCCCGCUUCCUGCAGCCUAAUGGAAGCACAUGCGCGAACUGGCACGCGCGCGCCGCCGCCUCCGACGACUACGACCCCGCGCUUCGCCUCCGCCGCCCGCUUCCUGCAGCCUAA